AUGUAUAAAACAUUUGAAGGAGAAGGAGGAGGGAUGGGAAACAGCACCACCACCAGAACAACAACCGCACAAUUGGCGCUGGACAUGAUGGCUGCGAUCAGAUUCCAUCCCACUAACAAGGAAAUGACAGACUUCUUGGGGAAGAAGAUGAGAAGUCACAAAUCCCAAGCCUGCCACUUCCUCCCUGUCAUCGAUGUCUAUAAGUCCGAGCCUAGGGCUUUGCCUGAACUCAUGUUCGCUGAUUCUGCUUUUCAAGCUAAGGCGUGGUACACCUUCAGCCUGUGUGAUUACAAAUACACAAAUAGUCUUCGCUGCAACAGAGUCACAAAGCAUGGCUUCUGGAAGAUCACAGGCAAGCCGCAGGAUUUCAGCUCAAAAUACUUCACUUGCAAAAAGAGGACAUUAACCUUCCAAACCAAGACCUUCAAAGGUGGGGCGUCUAAAUCCGUUAGGACUGGCUGGAUCAUGCACGAGUACUACUGCAGUAAACCUAAGCAGGGUUCUAGUCCCUGUCAGGAGAGGGAUGUGAAGAGGGACUAUGUUCUCUGCCUCCUGAAGUAUAAGCCGGUUGAUUCUAAGUCUGAUAAAAAGAAGCCUGAGGGUACAUCGGUCUGUGAUGAUUUAGCUGAUCUUGGUAAUUGUGGCUACAUUGCCUCUAGUCCCGGAGAUGAUCACGCCGCUUCUGCUGCUGCAAUGAUUCAUAUGACUCCAGAUACAGAAGUUUUGACAUAUAAAGAGCUAGAAGAUGAUCUACUUGGCAAUGGAAAUCAUGACCAUGGUAAACCUGGUGGCGGCGUCUCAUCUGAUUCUAUUGAUCAAGCUCUACGUGACAUGAUUCAUGAGUCACAUGCUCUGCUAGGAGGAUAUCAGGAUUCACCCUUUCCUCCUCCCGAGACACCUCAGCUGCAUCAACCACCUCACCUUGGAAAUGCUCCUGAUAUCUGUAGUCAUGAAUUACUUGAUCCUGGCAUUGGUGGCUGCAUCACCUAUAAUACUAAUAACCAAGCUGCUGCCAUGAAUCAUAUGAUUCCCGUCACUGAAGAAAUUCUGGCUCACAAACAGCUAGAUAGUUGUGUGUUUGGCAGUGGCGAUCAUGAUGUUGGUGAACUUGGUAGCAGCAUUUCAUCUGAUUUUAAUGAUCCAGCUGUAGAUGAUAUGAUUCUUGACGUAAGUAUGAAUACACGUUUUAAACAUUCUGAUGUGAACUUGUGUUGUUCUCAGCUAGGAAAAGAAUUGGAUUCACCCUUAUCUCCUCCCGAGCCACAUCAGCCACAUAGGCCACACCAGCUGGGAAAUGUUCCGGACAUUCAUAGUAGCAAAUUCAGUCACUGGACAUCUCCAAUUGGGGAUAAUGAUUGGUAUGUUACUAAUACAAAUAACAUUGCAACCAAUUAUGACAACGAACCAGUUAUGAACAUCGCUUAUAAUUCUAAAAAUCACGCUACAAACGAAUGGAUUUCCGAGGUUUAUUCUCAGGCAGAAGAAAAUUGGGGAUCAACUUUUCAACCGUUUGAUCAGCUACAGAAUUACAGAUUGCAGUCACCAAUAUUGUUCUCAAAACCGGGAGAGCUUCUGCAUGCCAAUAACUAUAUUGGAUGCAUUGAGUUGCAAUCUUUAGCUAUGGAGAUUGCAACUCUUUCUCCACAAAGUUCUUGAAUAACAGAGGCAUCGUACACUUUUUCGAAUGGCUCCAACCUAUGAGAGUCAUUGGGAUGGGUGUGCGAUGAGGGCAGUGGAGUAAACCAGUUAUACUAACGCUGAAUUACUCCGCGGAUACGCAAUAGAUUAUUCUGCAUUAGCUAUUGGAGAAACACUCCAAUAUCGUUAAUGAACAACGGUACUCUUAUUUGUAGGAGAAUAUCUAGAUUAUACCCAAUAGAUUAUUCUGCAUUAGCUUUUGGACACUUAUUCGUAAGUACGGACACUUAUGUCCAGGAAAAGCAAAACAAGUUAAGUAGUCUUUGACACAACAUUGCUUUUGGACAAUUAUGUCCAAAUCUUUGUUGUGUGUCACAGAAUCCCCAAGUCUUGUAUACUUCAACCUUGUUAGGUGAACUUUUGUUGGUACAAGGGCACACCACGAAAUGCAAACGGUUGAAAUGCUAUCCGGAAUUCUACCUUUCUCAGAACGUGACGAGUCCAGAUAAAGUAACAAUGUCUUUUCUCACAAGCAUUAUUUGAAGACGGUACUUCCUCUAUCAACACAACGACAUGUAUUCCUCAGACGAGUAGCUCUCUAUCCUACAAGUCAAACAACACACAACCGCAAUAUCCACCAACAUCUUUCCCCGUCUACCCACAUGGAGAUGCUCCAAGAAGAAUCCGAAUGCAGGGCUGUGUCACGAAACAAGGACAGUGAAGCUGCAGCUGGCGCAUUGUAUUGCUUUCUGCUCAUACCGUUCAAAGCAGGCAUGGAAUGUGCAACGAAUUGAAGGGUUCUAUCAAUUUCUGGGAAGCAUCUCCAUUAAGUGACAAAUCAAGUCGUCCAUGGUAACAACAUUCCAAUUCCAACCAAGUCCUAUGAUUUUCAAUCAAAGGCGGAUUUGCAUUGUUCCGCAUUCACUGUACAGGUGCUGCUGCUACAGGGCUGCUGGAGAGUCAACUGAUAUAUUAACAUAACCAGACACUAAUGUGAUGUCAUGGUUAUGAAAAUUGAAACUUUGAGUUCCAUCCUUGAUGGAGUACUUGUUCCAGUUGUUUUUGUUUUUUUUUUAAAUGUAUGAUUAAAAUUGAAGGUCUAAACUUUUCAAUGACCUAUCUUAAGUGUGAAACACCAAAACUUGUAUCCUUGUUAAUAUGUAUUUAUUAUUAUGUCAUUGAGAAUGUUGUAUUGAAGGGAAAAUAUUCUUGUCAAUGUGAUUUAUUUCGAACAUUUGAAUGUUGCUUGGAGUACUUUGCAUUGUUUUUUCAUUACUUUGUUGCAGUCUUUUUUAAAAAUUGAAUAUAAAAAACCGGAAGGGUAAGAUUGAACAUAGUGAGUGGUUUUGAAAAUCGGAUGGAAAGGAUUGAAUAUAAAGUUGUGAAAAUUAAAUAUAACAACUAAAAUAGUUGUAACACUGAAUGCUUUGUAGUAUUAAAGCCAUGACAUUACUUUUGAAUUGUGGUGAAUGUUUUAUCCUAUUUUUGUCACUGGAAAAUUGGUUUCGGGCAUUUCAAUGUCAUGGCUGCUAAUGUAGUAGACCAAAUGAAGCAAUGAAUCAAUGAAUGAGGUAAACAAGAAUUGGAAUUUGAGAUUUAAAUUCAGAAGGGGAAAAAUGAUCAGAGUUAGGUGUCACGUAAAAGAUGGGAUUUUUGGGUUUUGGUCUUUAGCCUAUCUCAAACUACUUAAGCUACAUACUCCUCACCUGUGAUGCCGAGAUUUCUAAAAUAACAAAAAAAAUAGAAAAGAAAAACUCUUUGCUAACUGCCACCAUAAAAGUAUUAUAGUAGUCAAAA